ACUGAUAGAGGAUGGAUGAUCACAUAAUUUUCUCAUUAUGGCCAAAUCCCUCUCCCUUCCAUCGCGUCCCUUCAAUUCCCCUUCUUCUUCCAUUGGAACCCAUCUCUCUCAACUCCCCAAAAUCUCUUGUUCUUCCAUAUCCAUUCAAUCUCAAUCACCCAGAGACCAACUCCUCGCCCUCAUCUCCGACCAAGAAAGAGGUCUCAAGACCCAGAAAAGCCCUCAGAAACUUGCUUCAAUUGUGAAAUCGAUCGACGCCUUGGCGUCUCUGGGCCGAAAUUCUGUCACUACGGACGAUUCACUUUCUGCGACAUGGCGCCUUCUAUGGACCACUGAGAAAGAGCAGCUGUUCAUCAUUGAGAAGGCUCACUUGUUUGGUACUCAAGCUGGGGAUGUUUUGCAGGUGAUUGAUGUCAAGAAAAAGAGUCUUAAUAAUGUCAUCACUUUUCCUCCAGAUGGGGUUUUCUUCGUUCGAUCCAGCAUUGAAGUUGCUUCCUCUCAGAGAGUGAAUUUUAGAUUUACAAGUGCUGUUCUGCGAGGAAAAAACUGGGAAAUUCCUUUGCCACCAUUCGGACAGGGCUGAAUCAAAAGCUAGGACAAAUUAUAGACUGAGACUCAUCAAUGACUUCAAUCCCUGAUACAUCAAAAACUCCACCUUCUAUCUCUACAAAAAGCUGAUUCUCGGACAAUAUCAUCCUUCAUGUUAAAAAUUCCUUCAUGUCAUGUGACAUGGUGUAAUCCAUAUGAAUCCAAGGGGUUUGAAAAGUCAUUCAAAGAGAGAAUUCUAUUGAAGAUAUGCAGUGGUUUUAUAGAAAUAACAACUCCGAAUCUAAGAAACACAUUCCAUGAUCUUACACAAAUUUCUAUUGACUUCAUUACCUGCGACAUUACAAUCAAACAUAUUGUGUCUGAAAAAAAUAUUCAUCAAACCAUCAAAGUGGCUGAUGACUUUAAAGUACUAUUGUGAGAUCCCAUAUCAAUU